AUGAAAUUAAAAAACAGAAACUCAACUUCUGUUAACAAGUUGCAAAACCUAAAACAAUAGCAGGACAACAUCAUCCAAUCUAUUAACGAAUUGAAUGACAAAAACUAAUAAAUCAUUAAAGACUAUAUGAACAAAUAGCAACAACUAACAGAUUAAUUAUAAAAGCAACAUCACUAGAUAACAAUACAAGAAGUCAAAUAGGCAUUAUAGAAUAAUGUUUGGUCCCAAAAGGUAGGGUUCUUUUUGAAUCCUCUGUCCUUGCAACAUGGAUAGAAGAUAACUAUCUAAUAAUAAUAAAUCUUGUUAAAACAUUCAGAAUCUAAGUUAAUCUUACUUGAGAGGAUCUUUCAAACAGAAUUCAAAAUAGUUCAAUUUCAAGAACAAAAGAAAAUGAUUCAAAGCGAUAUUGAGGGAAGAAUUUUGUAAAUGGACACCCUCCUAAUUGAAUAUGAAGAACUAGAAUAGAUCAUCGAUUCAUAAUAAAACAAAUCGUAAUGCAACAAUGUUAAAACCAUCUUUGAAAUCAAUAAAAGUCUAAGCCAACUCAAACAUACCUACAUAUAAUUGGCUAAUUAACGAUAAGAAAAAGAAAUUGUUUAAACUGAUUUCUAAAACAUCAUCAACACUUUGGAGUUGUAGACUAAAUCAAUUUAAAUUGAAAAAUAAAUGAAGGGCUUGUAAUCUUCAUGGUUCAAUGUGGAUUAGCUUUACAAUUUAAUUGUGAGCAACGCCAAAGCUGAGUAAUAAUUGGAGCUGCUUUGCAACGUAGUAUUGUUCAUUAACGAUAAAAUUGUUUAAGGGCUUAAUUCUAAAACAAACAAGAAUGCAAUCAUUGACAACAUUCGAUAAAUUGAAAACGAUAACAACUUUAGAGUAUUCAAUAGCACCAUAUUUUAAGAAUACUUGGAUUAGGCUUAGAUAGCAGAGUAUUCCUCAUUUCUUAAAACUGAAUUACCUAAAAGAAUCUGUAAGUUCAAAACAGAAUCCUAAUUGAAAUAACAUAAAGCACUUCUUGUCGAUGUACAGAGACAGAUACAUCAAAUUAUGUAUGAAUAAUCUAUGAUCUAAACUCAAUACAAUAGACUUGAGUCUAAUCUACCUGUUCUUGAGCAAAAUUAAACUGCCUAAAAGUUGCAGUAGAUAUUGGAUAGAAUGAAUCACAUUGAAUGCUUGAAAUCUCAAAAUAAAACACUCUUUGAAAUCACAUUCCCAGCAUAAAUCAAAUAAAUACAAGAUAACCUAAUGUCAAUGAAAUAAUAGUUGAAUUCUUAAAUUAAAGAUUUGCAAUAUUCAAUAGGCAUAGAAUAAGAUUACUAUUACAAAAUAUUCUCUUCUUAAUCUCAAAAAUUACCCAUUUUAAUUCUCGAUUCAAACGUAGUUAAUGAUAAUAUAGAGUAUUAAAUAGAAGAAAACAGGAAAAUGUAUUAGUAGUAACAAAUUCUGUAUAAUUAAAAUGUUGAAAAUUAAAGACAGAAACUGAAACAAUUAGAAGAAUAAGAAAAUUAAAUGCAAACAAGAUAUUUGAUUGAGUUGAAUGAAUCAAUUUUAAAGACAAAAAAAGAGAAUAUACCACCUUCUGAUUCCAGAGAUAUGAGUAUGUUGGGAACAAUAUAAAUAGAUAUGUCUUAAGAGAGGACCACUCACAAAUACUCAGUUUUCAGAUCCAAAAAAUAACUAUUUAUGAAUGAACCAACAGAUAGAAGUCUGUCUACUUAUAGUUUUUUGGGACAUCGUUCAUCUGAUCCAUUAUGUUCUAAAACAAAAUUAGCCUUGAAAUAACAAACUAGUCUGUCAUCUUAGGCCUCUCAGAAAAAUCCCUUGUUGUCCCCUCAGUCUAAUAAUCAUCACAUAUCCAUAGAGCAAUCUUUGAGUUUACAUUCCUCUGCAAGAAGAUUCCCAGAUUUUCAAAUGGAGAAAUCUCCCCCUCAAUAAAUAUUAGGAGACAAGAUCUACAAAGUACUAAAGAGAACAUUUAGACAACAAUCCACAAUUAGUAAGAGUGGAUGCUCAGCAUUUUCAAGCAAAUUUGUGAAGUACAAUUAGAAGAUGAAAUGUUUGGAAUUCUAUAAUUCUAAUAAGAUGAUUCAUGAUUUAGGUCAAAAGGAAUCAGCAUUAUGUUUGAGACAAAUUAAGGAGGUGAAACAAUGCUAGCAAUCAUUAGUUUUAUUUAUUUCGAAACAUCAAUCGAUAGAAUUGGUAUUUAGUAAACAUGAGCAACUGAAUGAAUUUAUGAAAAUGAUAACAUAGUGA